UUUCAGCAUGUUCACUGAUAUGUUUUUUGCAAAUUCUACAUCUUAUCGGUGUUAACAUACACAGAAAGUUCCAUCACACAUAACAAUGGUCACUAUUCGAAAAUGUUUCUUCCGUUUAAAGACGACUAAGAAUGUGAUGGAAACACGACUGAAACGAUGUCUCACAAUAACCGAUAUUACUCUUCUUGGUGUUGGCCAUAUGAUUGGAGCCGGUAUAUAUGUUUUGACCGGUUCUGUGGUGCGCAAUGUCGCAGGACCUUCCAUUGUGAUAUCGUUUGCAUUGGCUGGAUUUGCAUCGCUUCUCUCUGCAUUGUGUUACGCGGAAUUUGGCGGAAGAUUUCCAAAAGCGGGGAGUGCCUACACUUAUGUAUACAUUGGUGUCGGUGAACUGUGGGCAUUUAUUGUUGGAUGGAAUAUCAUUCUUGAACACAUGCUUGGAGCUGCAGCGGUGGCUCGAUCAUGGUCUGGCUGUUUGACAUCUCUAAUUGACAACUCUCUCAGAAAUUCAAGCAUCGUUACCGUCAGACAUUUUGAUAAGUCAUUCUUCGUCGAUUCGCCAGAUUUGAUCGCAUUUUUAGCAGUGAUAGCAGUUGCAGUAUUUACUGGUUUUGGCUCAAAGACAUCCACUAAUUUCAAUUCUUUGUUCACAGUAAUUAACAUGCUGGUUAUUGUAUUUGUGGUCUGUUAUGGGUUCACAUUCGCAGACUUUGCACAUUGGUCUGUUUAUGAAGUUGACACUGGUAAAUCUUCCUUUUUUCCAUACGGUAUUGGUGGUACAUUUGCUGGAGCUGCGAAUUGUUUUUUCGCUUAUAUCGGUUUUGAUGGCUUAGCAACUGCUGGAGAAGAAGCUUCUGACCCAGCUCGAACAAUACCUUUAGCAACGUUUAUCUCGAUGUCUAUCGUAACAGUGGCCUAUAUUCUCAUGGCUUCAGCACUAACUUUAAUGGUUCCAUUUUGGGAGGUAAAUCCUACAGCAGCAUUUUCGGAUGCAUUUGCAAGUUGUGGGGCAACUUGGGCAAAAUAUAUUGUUUCUGUUGGAGCUAUGUCAGGCAUGACCACAAGUCUGAUUGGUUCUAUGUUCGCUCUUCCACGAUGUGUUUAUGCAAUGGCUGAAGAUGGGCUGAUAUUUAAAACUUUUGGACAAGUUAACGAUAAAACUCAGGUGCCACUGAAAGCCGUAAUUGUUUCCAGUGCUAUUACUUCGGUAAUAGCAUUUCUAUUUGAUAUUGAGACUCUGGUGGAGUUUCUAUCGAUCGGUACUCUUCUUGCUUAUACGAUUGUUUCCGCCUGUGUCAUUGUUCUCCGAUAUCGUCCAACUCUCAAUGAAAAUAAUAUUAUUGAAGGAAGUGGAGGUCGGGUAAAAUCCUGGAUCCCAGGAUACCGCUGGCUUAACAUUUUGAAACCAGGAAGACUCGUACUGUGGUGUGUUUUCACAAUGACAUUUGCUAAUGCCGGUAUAAGUAUCGUUUUUGCGACAUUUGCGCAUACUCUAUUUGGUUGGAUAUUUAUAUUCAUUUUUGGGAGUAUCGCUGCAAGUGCAUUCAUUUUAAUCUGUGCACAUCAUCAAAAUGAUGAGCAGAUUUCAUUCAGGGUACCACUGGUUCCUCUUAUACCAGCAACUAGCGUACUUAUCAACAUCUUUCUGAUGUUCCAUUUGGCUUCGGUGACUUGGAUCCGGCUUGGCAUUUGGCUAAUUGUCGGACUUGCCAUUUAUGGGUUCUACGGCAUUAAACAUAGUCGCGAAGCGCAACCGGGCUCUGAAUCAAUCACAGAAAGCACGACAUAUGAAAGUAUGGCCACCAUCACAAUGCCGCAGUUGUGAAAAAGUUCGCCUG